GUUGACAAUAUUGUACUGCUUUCCCAAGCACCUCAUUUAUUCUUCUCCCUCACAACCACCAUGGCAGCCACCAGCUUCGGCCACCACAUACCUUUGAUUUACGCUGCAGUCGCCGGCGUAACAUCGCAUAUGGGAUUGUUCGUCCAUGGGGAAUGGGAACGAUACGCAGAGAGGCUUGCGAUGACUGCUCUGUUUGGUCCGCCCGUCCUACUUGCAGGGCUGGCAUUCAUUCAAGGCUUGAGCAUGUUCUGGGCCUUAAUCAUUACCAUCGAGAUGACUACGGGCUUUUACGUGGGUCUAUAUGGCAGCAUGGCGAUAUAUCGCCUCUUUUUUCACAGUCUUAGGAGUUUCCCAGGUCCUGUUAGAGCCAGGUUGACCAGUUUCUGGUCUAUGCGAGAAAGUGUUCAAGAUUUCAAAUGGUAUCUGAAGGUUCAAAAAUUACAUGAGGAAUAUGGGGAUUUUGUCCGCAUACGCCCACGAGAGAUAUCUAUCGCUAACGUGGACGCCAUUCAUGACAUUCAUAGUCCAACUACCAAAUGCGUUAAGGGGCCUUUCUACGACGUAGCCUAUCCGGCUCGUUCUCUUGCAAUGACGAGAGAUAAGAAAUUCCACUCUCAACGGAGGAGAGUUUGGGACAAGGCUUUCAGUCCGAAAGCCCUCAAAGACUACGAGAGCCGUGUGAUUGGACACUGCAACGACUUGAUCUCUCAGAUGACAGCGUCCGACUCAAAACCCGUCAACGCUACCGACUUGGCCGACUACUACGGCUUCGAUGUGAUGGGCGACUUGGUCCUUGGGAAGUCAUUUGACAUGCUCAAGACUGGCGAGGCGCCGUUCAUCCUCAAGCAAAUCCGAGAAAACAAGAAGACGACAGGCUGGGCCGUCUGCGCCACAUGGACAUUCCACCUAUUCAAGAUCCUGCGAUUUGCGGGAAAGGGGCGGAUGACAUUCGUCGAAUGGUGCAAAGAGCAGCUGCAAGAGCGACGAAAAAAAACGCCCUCAAAGCCAGACCUCUACACGCACCUCAACAGCGCCGACGAAGCGCGCUCCAAAACCGUCAACGCCGCCCUCAUGGAAGGCGACCUCGUGCAAGACGCCGAGCUCGCCAUCAUCGCCGGCAGCGGCACCACCACCUCCGCCCUAGCCGCCACGCUCUACCUCCUGGCUAAGCACCCCGCCGAGCAGCAAGCGCUUUACGCAGAGCUUUGCGCGCAGUUCGCCCCCGCAGAUCCGCUUUCGCAUCAAGCUUUAGUCGGGAAGCCCGUCCUCGAGGGCGUCAUCAACGAGGCCCUGCGCCUCUUCCCCCCGAUCCCCAGCGGCGUGCAGCGCGAGACGCCGCCUGCCGGCGCUGUGAUUGCUGGGCGCUGGAUCCCGGGUCGCACGAUUGUGUCGACGCCGACUUGGACGCUGCAGCGUGAUCCCCGCAACUUCACGCACCCCACCGCCUUCCUCCCCUCGCGCUGGUCCACAUACCCAGAUCUCUGCCCCCGCAAAGACGCCUUCAACCCCUUCGCCGCCGGGACGUAUUCCUGCGUGGGGCGGCCCCUGGCGCUGAUGGAGCUGCGGCUGGCGGUCGCGAGCGUUGUGCGGAAAUUCGAUGUCAGGCUAGCUGAUGCGGACGAGAGCGUUAGGAAAGCGGAGCUUGAGCCGGGGUUCUUGGACUGCUUUACUUGGAAGGCGCCGCCUGUGGAUGUCGUUUUUGUUGAGCGGAGGGUGUGUUAGGAGCUGGAGGGUUGUGGGAGGGUUUUGUGAGUUGGGAUUGGAAGGUGUGGUUGGAUGGUAAAGGGCGCUGGGGUCUUGGACGGUUUACAUUGCGCGCAGCCAAUGUGUGUACUGCUGUAGCACCUCAUCUAUACGCUUCAGUUGUAUUCGAUAGUAAUAUUACUACUACUACU